ACUAAAUCUCUCCUAUAAUAAUAUGGGAUAUGCUUUAUAAUUGAGGCCACUAAGUCUCUCCUAUAAUAAUAUGGGAUACGCUUAAUGAUUGAGGGCACUAAGUCUUCCCUGCAUGAAGGGAGAUAUAGCCCACCAAAAGGUGUUAAUGUAAGGCCACUCCAAAUGAGACUGUAGUUUCCCGUCCAACUCGCGCUUCCUGCUUUAGCUACCGCAUUAAUAGUCAUUAUGGCCAUUAUUUCUCUAAUUAUCCAAUGAAAUAUUUAAAUUACUUUUUUCUUGUUCUGUUUGUGGGUGUAUGUGUGUAUACCGUAUAUCUUCUAAUUUAUCAGACAGCAAAAAAUAAUUAUUUUGGAAAUUGUCCGGGUAUAAUUGGAACAGAUUUUUAUAGAGCAUGCGAAGUGUCCGGAAUAAUUAGAACAAGCAAGCAGCUGCAUGCGAGCUAGCUAAGUUUAAUAGAACAAGGUACGACUGAAUAGUUGCACUAACUAUCUAAAACUAGCUACUCAAAGCUAUCUAACUGCAGCACUCCAAGUCUUACUUGCCGUCUAUGCAUGAAUGGUAACUCAACUUUUCAAGAUAUGCUGUCUAGAAAUAUUCUCAGCUGGUUAGUGCUACUGACCCUAGCUACUGUUACCAGGAGUGAGCACUAUCACAUUGUGCCAGUGGAUUCAACCAGCUUGUGUUAUGACUAUCGAAAUGGAACUUGUUUCACUCUCGAGCAGCUUGUUCAAACACUGAACUUGUUAUCUAGUGGAGACAAUCUCACCUUGAGCUUUCUACCUGGAGAUCAUGUGUUAACUGAGCAGCUAUUGAUUCGUAACUUCUCACAUGUGCAAAUCACUGGCCAGAACAAAAGUACAACUGUAGUUGGAUUCCAUAGCAAUGGUGCGAUACGUUUUGUUAGCCUUACUAAAUUGAGAAUUGAACACUUGGGUUUCGUUGGAGUGAAUGUCGGACCACCAAACUCACAUCAAGGAGUAAUCAUUGUUGGUUCCCAUGAUGUCUACAUUAACGAUUGCUACUUGAUGGACUUUGGCUCAAAUCAGCUGGAAAAAACACACAUAGCUAAAACUAAAACUGCAACGAUUGAGAGCACUCUCUUUAUGAACAACACUGGUCAGGCACUGCACGUUGAGGCUGAUGAUGUAUACAUAACAAAUAGCGAGUUCACUAAAAAUAGUGGAGGUGCAGUUUACAUUAAGUCAAACAACUCUCUGAUCAACAACACAGGGUUCAACUACAACAGUGCUGAGAACGGAGGAGCAGUAGAAGUAGUAUCUGGUACUGUAGUGAUCACUUCGUGUGCCUUCACAAAUAACAAAGCUUCUGUGUGGGGUGGAGCCAUUGCUGUUGUCUCAAGCAGUGUGUCCAUCUCCAACAGUGAGCUGACAAACAAUAAUGCAUAUAGCGGUGAUGGCGGAGGAGCGAUUAGUGUUACCUCAGGCAAUGUGUCCAUUUCCAACAGUACGCUGACGAACAACAGUGCUACUAACUAUGGUGGAGCGAUUAAUGUUUACUCAGGCAGUAGUGUGUCCAUCUCCAACAGUACACUGACAAACAACAGUGCUGACGGUGGUGGAGCGAUUAUUGUUGACUCAGGCAAUGUGUACAUCUCCAACAGCGAGAUGACGAACAACAGAGCUGACUUUGAUGGUGGAGCGAUUCUUGUUGACUCAGGUAGUGUGUCCAUCUCCAACAGUAAGCUGACAAACAACAGUGCUACUAAGUAUGGUGGAGCGAUUGUUGUUUACUCAGGCAGUAGUGUGUCCAUCUCUUACUCAGGCAGUAGUGUGUCCAUUUCCAACAGCGAGCUGACGAACAACAGUGCUGACGGUGGUGGAGCGAUUGGUGUUUACUCAGGCAAUGUGUACAUCUCCAACAGUGAGCUGAUAAACAACAGUGCUAACAAUAGUGGAGCGAUUAGUGUUUACUCAAGUAAUAUAACAUUCAUUGGAAGGAAUAUUAUUAGGAAUAAUAGUCGUCCCGUUUAUGCUUUCAAUAGUCGAAUCGAGUUUAAUGGACCUACAACACUGAGUAACAAUCGCGGUGUGUUAGGAGGAGCCAUCAGCUCUGUCCAGAGUGAAAUAUUCAUUAACACAGAAGGAGUUGUCAUCACCAACAACACAGCUACCUCUGGAGGAGGGAUAUUUCUAAGAGAGAGUACACUCUUUGUAAAUGAGCCACUAGAGAUCUAUCACAACACAGCACACAAGGAUGGUGGAGGGAUUUAUGCAUAUUCUAGCAGAGUUGAGUUCCAAUCUGUGCUGAUGCGGUAUCCACAUGGUUAUCUACUUCCUCCAAAUACACAGAGUGAGAUUGCUCACAACAUUGCUGAGAAUGGUGGAGGUAUACAUGCCGUAUCUUCAACUAUUAAACUUACUCAAUCAUACGUCAACAUUGACUCAAACACGGCUAAUGCUAGUGGAGGUGGAGUGUAUCUACAGCAAAGUUCGAAACUGUACCUAUUUAAAACGAAUGAAGAAAGGACUCAGGAUCGAUAUGUCAAGUUAAUGAUUAACAACAACUUGGCUCAGUUCGGAGGGGGGAUACUUGUGGCAGAUGACACACAGAGGAGCGCAUGUGGAGGAGGGGCCACAGAAAAUGUUGAUACUCACACAAUUUUUGCUGACUGCUUCAUUCAAACAAUUCAACUGUAUGAUGAGAAAAGCAAUCAAAGCUCAAACUAUUUCAACACAUUCAUGACUAACAACACGGCUAUCCAGUCAGGAGCAGACAUAUACGGAGGUCUAUUGGACAGGUGUACAAUUAAUCAAAAUGCUGAAUAUGAAAUUUCUUCAAAUAGAUCUGGAUUGGACUACAUAAAUAACACCAUAAAAUCCUCCACAGAAUUAUCGAUCUCCUCUGGGCCUGUUCAGGUGAUGUUUUGUAAUCAUUCACAAAAUGAUUAUGUUUCUCCAAAAAAGGGACACGCAUUUAAAAUCAGUGUUAUGGCUGUUGACCAAGUUGGAAAUCCAAAGAAGAAUGCCACAAUUCACAGUUCUGUUAUCACUGAUAGUGGAUUUGAUCGUCUCAAAGAAGGACAGGCAAAACAAACAGUUGGUCAUCAAUGCACAGAAUUAGAGUACAAUGUAUUCUCACAAGACAGCUCUGCUCAAGUGGAACUCUAUGCCGAGGGUCCAUGCAUCAAUUUGGGAAUUUCAAAACAACUCAUCAAAAUUUCUUUUCUACCCUGCACAUGCCCUAUUGGACUCAAACCAAUUCAGUCCGAUACUGAGUGCAAGUGUGCCUGUGAUCCAGACUUGCUACUAUAUCAGAUAACAAACUGUUCUGAGGAAAAUGAAACCAUAAAGCUGGAAAGUAAUAACAACAUAUGGAUAGAAGUCAUAAAUACUACCAACGAAACAGGGUAUGUUGUUAGUAACUGUGCAUUUGACUAUUGCGUAAAAAGGCCAGUUAACAUCAGUCUAAGCAACCCUGACGAACAGUGUGCCUACAAUCGAAGUGGUGUCUUGUGUGGAGAAUGUGAACCAGGGCUCAGUCUUGUAUUGGCUACGUCAAAAUGUAAAGAAUGCUCUAAUUUUUACCUUUUUUUGCUAAUUCCAUUUGCGCUGGCUGGCAUAUUGCUAGUUGCUUUAAUUCUCGUGCUCAACAUCACUAUAGCAACUGGAAAUAUUCAUAGUCUCAUUUUUUACGCCAAUAUACUAGCAGCUAAUAGAGCGAUUUUCUUACCUAAUUUAAACAACUUUUUAACAGUUUUUGUAUCCUGGGUGAAUCUUGACUUGGGUAUAGAGACAUGCUUUUACGAUGGAAUGAACUCUCAAGCAAAAGUGCUACUUCAACUUGUCUUCCCAGCUUACUUGUUUCUUCUAAUGCUUCUUGUUAUAAUUUUGAGCAACUAUUUUGACUCGUUUGCAAAACUCCUCUCCAACAGGAACCCAGUUGCUGCACUAGGCACACUCGUCCUACUCUCUUAUUCUAAAUUCUUACAGUUUAUCAUUGCUGCACUACAAAACAGAGUCUUGGAUUAUCCCGACGGUUCAACCAACAUUGUUUGGUUGUUUGACGGCAAUGUGCCAUACUUCACUCCCAAUCACAUUCCUCAGUUUUUUGCUGCUGCCAUUAUCCUCAUUGCUGGUGGAUUGUUCACUGUACUACUCUUCUUUGGACAAUGGCUUCCGCACUGUUCAAAAGUUAUGAAAUGGACUAAGAACACAAAAUACAUCGGCUUCAUGGAUGCAUACCAUGCUCCAUUCACUCCCAAGCAUCGCUACUGGGUGGGACUGCUCCUCUUCGCUCUGAUUGCUCAUAAUCUAGUAGUUGCAAUGGCUCCAGACACGUCUCUUCCUGUGCUAUCAUCUGGUUGUAUUGCAUUUGGACUGAUAUCAUUGACCAACCGAGUGCACAAAAAGCAACUUAGUGAAUAUCUAGAAGCAUUGUUUCUACUUAACCUCGGCAUUCUAUCCUAUGCCACUUCCUAUGUUGUUGAAACGAACCGACAACAAGAAACACUGGCUUUUGUUUCAAUGUCUAUAGCUUUCAUACUCUUUGUGAUAAUAAUCAGCUACCAUUUCCACCACUUUAUACUGAAGAAGACCAAAAUAUGGCUCAAGAUAAAGGAAGUUGUUAACUAUGUCAAAAGGAACUUAUGUGCUGGUGCUGCAGACAUUAGACUCCAACGAGCUAACAAUGCCCGGAAAAUGUAUCAGCAAGUAGCCGAUGAAAAUGAUGAUGAUGAAUUACUCGAAGCAGUAGACGACUAUGAACAAAGAGACGCCUUAAACCCACCUUACACUGAUGGAGCAAUGGAAGAAGCUGACCCUGAUCGCUACAUCACUCCUCCCAUCAUCAGACCAGCCACGAGGCCGGACCAGCUGAGACUAUCCUACAUGGAUGAACUAGCCCCUCUCGCCGCAGAGGACUACAGACCAGCCCCUCCCCCUCAAAGAGUCAACCGUCGUCCGGUUGUUACACACACAGAAAUCGGUCCGAUACACAAUGAAGUGUGAACUGUCUUAUUUAGCUGAGGUACCUUUAUAACAUAUACGACUUAAAAUAAUAUUCGUAGGCAUAUCAACAGUUACUGACGUAAUUAGUAAUUGUUAGUGUUACAGCAUUGUAGUUUAUAAAGAGAGAUAGGAUUUUUUGUAUAUAUAGAGUUAAAAUUGUUGUGCUAUAUAAUUGAAUGUUUGGUUCCAUUGGCUAACAAGACAUGCAUGUACUAUACCGUAUAAUGAUAUAUAGCGAGUAAGUUUCGAGGAUUUAAAUUUCGCAAACGAGUGGUGCAAGCUGCGCUGUGCUAAUGCCUCUCGCCGUUGUUUUGCUUUUGCUCAAGAAGAGGUGAAGAGGUAUAAAUAUUAUGUUAUUAUUGUUGAUUGCAAUUGUUGACAUGCAGAAUUGAAUUCCACAGUUAUUAUAAUAAUUAUUGGAGAGGAGCUG